AUGUCGGCGACAGCAGCGAGACCUGAUCCGUUUCGCCCAGCGAAGAGAGUCGCGGGCCAAAGGCAAGAUGUCUGGUCAAUUGUCAACGAAGCCGCUGCCGCUUCGCCUGUUCAGCCGAUUGUGAACAUGGGUCAAGGCUUCUUCGGCUACAACCCUCCUCAAUUCGCGCUUGAUGCGGCCAAGGAAGCUCUCGACCGGGUUGACUGCAACCAGUAUUCUCCCACGAAGGGCCGUCCGAGACUUAAGAAGGCCAUUGCCGAAGCAUACUCUUCCUCCUUCGGCCGAACCAUAAACCCGGAUACAGAAGUUUCCAUCACCACCGGCGCAAAUGAAGGAAUGUUGAGUGCUUUCAUGGGAUUCAUUGAACCCGGAGACGAGGUCAUCAUCUUCGAGCCCUUCUUUGACCAGUACAUCAGCAACAUCGAGAUGCCUGGCGGUACAAUUCGAUACGUCCCCCUUCAUCCUCCCAAGGACGGUGCCACAAGGACUUCGCCUGCGUCUGAGUGGGCGAUAGACUUUGAGGAGCUGGAGAAGACAAUCAACUCGAAGACCAAGAUGAUUGUAUUGAACUCUCCACACAAUCCCGUCGGGAAAGUCUUCUCGCGCGCCGAACUUGAACGCAUUGGUGAGCUGUGUGUGAAGCACAAUCUCAUUAUCCUCUCCGACGAGGUCUAUGAUCGUCUCUACUACGUCCCUUUUACUAGAAUUGCUACCUUGUCCCCAGAGCUCUGGGAGCGUACUCUCACGGUUGGCUCCGCCGGAAAGGCCUUCUACGCUACUGGCUGGCGUGUUGGAUACCUCAUCGGACCGGAGCAUCUUAUCAAGUAUGUCGCCGCUGCACACACGCGUAUUUGCUACAGCAGUGUAUCUCCCCUCCAGGAAGCUGCAGCCGUGGCUUUCGAGCAGGCGGACAAGGUAGGAUUCUGGGACCAGAGCAGGACGGAAAUGAAGCAGAAAAUGGAACGCUUCUGCGAAGUCUUUGAUGAGCUCAACAUUCCCUACUCUGACCCUGAGGGCGGUUACUUCGUCCUUGCAAACAUGUCUUCCGUCAAACUCCCAGAAAACUACCCAUUCCCUCCCCAUGUCGCCAUCCGCCCUCGUGACUUCAAGCUUUGCUGGUUCCUGAUCCACGAAGUUGGUGUGGCAGCCAUCCCCCCGACUGAAUUUUACACCGAUGCGAAUACUCACAUUGCCGAAGACUACCUUCGCUUCGCAGUCUGCAAAAAUGAUGAUGUCCUGGAGACGGCGAAGGAGAGACUCCGCGGUUUGAAGAAAUACAUUUCGAAGUAA